CUUCUGAGGCGGCAUGGCAGGCAAUCAAGUCCAUCUAAUCGCCCCUCUACACUCACAUCGCCCCACUUGAGCCUGGUAUCAGCCAUGGCGUCCCUCACAUCCUCCUUCUCUCGGUUGGCAUUACGCUCAUCCGCACCACGCCAGCUGGCAGCUCGAGCUCUGACCACCUCUGCGCCCCGCUCCAAGCCUGCGUCUUCCAGCGCUGCUCCCACUCCUGUGCUGGACCUGCCCAUUGAGACAAUUGGCGUCGCCUCUUCCUCGACCACGCCUCUCCCCAACGCAAACAGAGUCAAGGCUGUCAGAGCACCAACAUCUCCCCUGGGUCAGCCCAAGAAUGUGCGGGAGCUGACACGGAUAGGUAGAGCUCGCCAGCUUCUCAGCUGGACGUGGCUCGAACCAGAACAAAUGACGCAGCUCACAAAGCUCACAGAGGCAGGUACACCAGAGGAAAAGCUCCCUGGAUGGGUGGACAAGGAGCACGAGAAUGCAAGGAGCUUCUGCGAAGCGCGCAGUAGGCUAUGGGUCCCUUCCACCCUGCCCGAGGGUGUCAGUGCAGAGUCGGUAGAGGAAUGGCUGGAACAACAAAGAGUGGCUCUGCGACAGAGCAGCACCGGAGAGAUGGCCCAGUAUCUGUCAGUGGCAGAGCAAAAUGAUGCGGUCCUCAAGCCAGUCUGGAAGAGCAUGACAAAGCAUCAGAGGGAGAAUGCGCUCAUCGAAUGUCGCUUUUCCUCGCUCCGUAAAUUGGGAUGGAGGACCGGGUACUCCGCCGGCUACCCGCUUCCAGAGGAGGCCAUGACCGACGAGCGUCGUGCUCUUCUAGAUCAAGUCAAGCUGGGAGGUGCGGAGGCUACGCAAGCGCUCAUCUCUCUGCAGAGCAUGGACGAUGAAGUUGCAUGGGACUCUUGGUUGCGUAUGUCGCCCGCAGAGAGGGCGGCGGAAGAGGCAGAGGUUUGGGCACAACGAGAUCGUUCGGUAAUUUACCUCGACAACUCGCCGUCGAACCAAAUCGUCGGCAGGAACUUUCCUCGGUGGUACGAGACGCCUCAGCGCGCAGGCCAAUUGGUCUAUCUGCCCAACUUUAUCAUCAGAUUAGUCCGCAACUAUACUCCUCGCGGCAAGCCCUACGACCCGUGGAAGGCUACGUUUCGAGUCCCGCUCAAUCUCCACAAGCACGCCUUGAGGUCAUUCCUCUUGAGCGUCUACGGUCUCAGGACCACCUGGAUCCGUUCCAUGAUCUACCGUGCUCCCGUACGACGAGGUGGCUCCUUCAGGACACAAAAGACGACUGGCUCCGUCGGCACAUGGAAGAAGGUCGAGGUAGGUCUCCUCGAGCCCUUUGUGUACCCAGCCAUGAGCGAGCGCUUCAAGAAGGAUGUGCUGCUCGAGGACGAGGUAAAGCGCGAGCAGACGAGGACGCAGAUGAAUCUCAGUGGCACGAGACGAUGGAGGGGUGGUAGACCAGUGCAGCGUUCCUUGGCUCCUGCUCACCUGCAGAAGAAUCACUACCCGGAAAUGGACCAGGCGCUUACGCAGGAGCAACAAGAAGCCAAGCUCGUCGCUCAUAUUGGCUCACCUGCUGCUCCCAAGGAUCCACAGGAGCCGUCUAGGAGUAAGGGAUUGUAUAACCUUACGACGAGGAGCGGAACGCACCCUUCCAAGAGACACUCCAAUAUUCUCAAGGUGCUCAAUGGACUACGGAAGGAGAGGCAGAGGUUGGUGGAGGAGAGGGCAGAGCAGCUCAAGGAGGUCGCGACGCCGUCAGCUGGGGAGAGCAGGGCGCCAUGAGCGGGGAAAAGACGAUUGUGGGUUCACAGCUGGAAGAGGAUUUGCAAAGCAUCAGCAACUGUCAUGUUCCAUCUGGCGUCAGACCUUCAAUACGACUACCCUCUAUUGUGGCAAGCUACACUGACGUGAAC